CGAUCGGUCAGUAUGAUACGGCUCCGCGGAUAGAAGAGAGGCGGGAAGGAGAAGGAGAGACGAGCUGACUCGUUUCUGGCGCGUAGAUUCCAGCGUAGGCUCCGGGAGGAGGAGGAAGAGGAGGAGGAGCAGCCGCGGGCAAGGACUGACCGCGACGCGAAAAUCGAGACGCGCAUAUCCAAACACUUUUUCUCGUUCCUCCGCCGUCGACGAUGGUAGUGGGGCUCACCCGAGCGCGGCUCCUUUUCUUUCUUAAAAAGAAACUCCAAACGGAGCGCAUUUAUUCGUACAAAGUGAAAAGUAAAAGCGACGUUACUCGAUAGAGAUUCGCGCGGGCUCGACACGAGUGAACGCGCGUGCGCGCGCGUGAGACAGCGCGGUUCUUUGCCCGUCAACCUGUUGAUCUUGCGCCGUCAUGUCCGAUGUGGGAGACGCGUUGUCGACGUUAUGCGGACUCGUUAAUUCAUUGACAAACGUGGAUAUAACGUCCGAGCACCUGAGGCUGGCCAAGUGUAACGCCGCGGACGAAAGCGUCGCUGAGACGCUGUGGAGCACGUUGCGCGUUCUGAGCUGUCACGCCACGAGAGAGACACGAGGCGACGUACACUUCCGAGAUUACGAUGCGCCGUCGGCGGUCAAGUUGCAUCUCGCAUUCUUGCAAUACCCGGUGAUCGAAUUUUACAGCUUACCGCAAAGCGGCCAGUACAACCGGGACGCGUUGAUAGCCUUAGGUUGGCUGCUAGGAACGCAGAACGGUCUGACGGCCAUUCUUCGAGCGAAACUAGCUGAUAGCAUCUUGGGCGCCGAAUGCUCGCGCGUAGAUCCACCGGAAUCUCCGUCGUCAGCUGCCGUACCGAAUGAUCGGCCGUUAUCAACGAGCGCCAAAUUUAGCAGUAUCCUGCACCUGAACGCCACGGUAAAUCUAAACUUGCGAGAGAUUAACGAGUUAGCGCGCGAGCGGGUGAAAUUGAUAUCCAAAGUGCACGCAGCGAGUCUCGACGUGAGUGGUCUGCCGCAUUUGAGCGUGUCCGAGUUAGCGUUGACGAAACGCCUCGCGAGGGCGCGCGUCCUCGGCAGCGGAGAAGGCGGGAGCUCUGAGAAGGAUCGGCAGCAAUUGCGGCAAUUCCGCGAGAUCGGCACCCUGCUCGAGGCGAACGCCAAGUGGCUGCGAAAACGGCAUAUAUUCUUCAACUGGAUGGCUACAGUGAUUCAGGAGCACAGAAGAUCUUUGGAAUCGAAUCCGAGAGUAAUCCGUACGCGGGAUCUCGCCGCAUUCAACUCGCUGUUACGUCACGCAAUUAGAGAUAAACUUGGAAUUGUUACAUUCGAAGAGUCGAUGGAUAGCAGUGGUUCCAGAAACUCGGUCUUGAAUUGCCCGUCUCGCGCGCAAAGAAGUCAAUGUAACAACGCAGAGGCGCAGAGCUGGUUGAACGAUUUGAGCGAGCGCCAGGAUCACGAAGAGGAAAAUUUCCAACGAAACAAAAAGCGAUUGGCUGAUGAAUUGAAGGAAAUGUUGGAAUUGAUACCAUCAGUCGUUCGCGUUUAACAUCUUUUAUAUAUAUCGUUUUAUAUUACAAACGUAUAUCACGUAAAAAAGAAUUAUUUAUUAUUG